AUGGGAACGAGUGAAGGAAUACUCAUUGUUCUAUCAAUAGUUUUAAGUGUGAACGGUAUUAAAUUUUUCAAAAGCGUCCGUCCGUCAGAAGUGUUUCAAGCUUUCCCAUGUUCCGAUCAGGAUAUAGUGUCCAAAUUUAAAACUGGUUUGGAAUCCGGGUAUAAUAUAACGAUAAAUAAACCUUUAACUAUAGCCACGGAUGUGCGAUUAAUUUUUGAUUCCCAAGCAGCUAUUCUAGUGGAUAACGUAGCAAGAUUUUCGACAGCACAGGACAACAUAUACAACAUUUUCAACCUCAUAAUAAUCCAAAAUGUCGACAGUUUCACAUUUACGGUGAAGGGACAAGCUUCUCCGUAUUCUCCGCCUUAUUUAACAAGUCUGAAAAUCAAUGGAGUAGAAAAUUGUAGAGAACAUAAUUUGACAUACUUUGAAGAUUUUCCAGUGGGAGUUAUAAAACGAUCAGGAGUUCCAGAUAGAUACUGCGGUAAACGUAAAGUAUUGCAUACAGAGUUGAUAGUGAACGGGUACAGUACAAAACCAGGGGACUGGCCCUGGCAUACCGCUAUAUAUCGUCAAGAGAAGGCUGGCCUAAAAUACGUAUGCGGUGGGACACUGGUUACUAAACAUUUUGUUCUAACAGCUGCUCAUUGCACAACAAUAAACGGCAUACCAGUACUUCCAGAUAUUCUAGGCGUAUUUUUAGGAAAAUAUAAUUUAUAUGGCAGUGAUGAAGCGAUUCAAGAAAGAGAGGUAUUUCAAGUGAUUGUCCAUGAUGAAUAUUACUCGAAGAAUCUAAAAAAUGACAUAUCUUUACUUAAGUUGAGAACUGAUGUGCUUUUCAACAACUACGUACAACCUGUUUGUCUCUGGUAUGACGAUGCCUACUACCGAUUACCUACUCUUGAUAUAUUUGGAACGGUAGUGGGAUGGGGAUUUGACUCAUCAGAUUCAUUGUCAUCAACACUUCACGCAACAACUAUGCCUAAAAUAUCAGAAUUAACCUGUGUGUUAAGCAAUCCAGUGUUUUACGGCAACUUUAUCCAAGAUGGGACAAAAUUCUGUGCUGGCUAUAGGAAUGGUACAUCUGCCUGCAAUGGGGAUAGUGGAGGUGGCUUUUUCGUUUUCGUCCCUGACUUAGCUAAAAGAGAGAAUGUACCAAAUGAUGGUGAUGUACCAGGAGCAUGGUACCUCAAAGGCAUAGUGUCAGCGAGUUUAUCGAGAAGCGAUGCACCUGUCUGCGACCCAUUUUCUUAUGUAGUUUUCUCUGAUAUAUCAAAAUAUUUAGACUGGAUUAAAGAUAAUAUAAAA